AUGGCCCGGCCGCGCCACCCGGCGGCCGCCGUGCAGCGAGCUGCUGCGGGCACACCGCGGCAUGAGAAUGCAGCGCCGGGCGAGCAGCAGAGCGCGGGCGUGGCUGACGCCGAAGCUGCCACAUCACACGACAACGACGGAUUCCAGAGCUACCUGGGGUGCCCGGAAUUCCGCAAAGCUAGGGACCGCCUAAGGGGAAAGCACCCACAGACAGCAGGGGCAAAGCAUCGUCCAGCACCUCCACCUCCACCACCACCACCACCACCACCACCACCAAGCCGGUAUCCAAGACCCACUGCCACACGAAUAUUUCAAUCCAGGACAUACUCGUCAACAACCCGAGCGCGGAGCAGCAGAUCGCACAAGCGAGUGCUGAACAACACCAAACAAAGGCGGCCGCCCACCCCGGGAACCGGGGAGGGCGACCGCGCGCGCGAACAAAGCCCUCAGGUAUGCGGCCGGCUGCCCGAGCCGGCCGCGUCACCCGACCACGUGCAGGAGCGGAGCGGCACAGACCGCGAGCCGCGUGGCGAGGCGCCGGCCGUGGCGGAGCGGGCGACCGGCGGGCCGCGGCACGAUGAAGUGGCCGCGGCCGGCGGGCCGCAACGAACCGUCACGACGGACGUCGAAGAACUCGCCCACGCCGACGUGAACACAACAGACACAGACGAAGACAGCGGCUCCGGACGCAACACCAACUAA